AUGCCAGAGCGAGAGGAAAUCAUAUCCCCAAGGGAGACCACCGGUGAGCACUCCUAUCAGACACGCAUUCACUCUCCACAGCCUGUUAAUUUAGCAGCACUGCGCCGUCUUGAAGCGAUCCUGGACAUUUGUGACACAUCCAUUGGUAAUAGCCCGAUUGCAGCAGGCGGUUUCUUACCGCAGGUAGACACUGCGAGUCUGCAUAGAGAAUUCGCCAUCAUUGCUGCUGCAAACUCGGCUGCGACCUCUGACGGCGGCGUCAAAUCCCAUGAUCUUCUAGAAUCUCCGCCUACCCCUUAUCCCAGCACGGUCAGCCAAGACAACACCAAUCUGGAACUCGAAGAGGACUCGGCGCAGACACCAGAACACAUCACGUUCUGGCCGGCACUUGAGCGACAUCUUAAUCAUCCAACGCUCCCGCGCCCAAGGCCUAUUUGCACGGUUUGUUUUGACGUAAUGCCGGUGCUCGGACUUGAUCAAGCUGUCAGGGAAGACCCCAGCUAUGACUAUGAGAGGUGCGUCGUGCUCCUAUGCGGACAUCUGAUUGGCGAGCGCUGCCUUGACGAGCAUGUAUCGAAGCACGUCGAAAACGAAAGCAAUCGAUAUUGGCAGGAACCUCCAGAGUUCUGCGAGGACUGCUCAGAGUACCUCGAGGAGUAG